ACCUCCUGUGGUACAUACCUCCUCCAACCAAAGGUAUUUUAAAUACAGGACACACACAAAGCCGUAGCAGCUAAUAGGAUGGAGUCGGGGUGGGUAUUGUGUGCUGUUGUAUUUGCGUUGACCUGCAUGGGAAAAGGUGGCCAUUCACAGGCAAAUGUGUGUGGCAUUGCUUCUCUCAACACAAAGAUUGUCGGGGGUCAGGCUGCAGUUGCAGGUAGCUGGCCAUGGCAGGCCAGUCUGCACCGCUCCAACCGCCAUUUUUGUGGAGGCUCCCUUAUCAACAAAGAGUGGGUGCUGACUGCCGCUCACUGCUUCCCCAGCACCAGCACAUCCGGCCUGCUUGUCUACCUGGGCCGGCAGAAUCAGCAAAGCAUAAACUCCAACGAGGUAUCCCAAACGGUCUCUCAGAUCACCCGCCACCUGAACUACAACAGUGCAACCAGCGACAAUGACAUAUGUUUGCUGAAGCUCUCAUCACCUGUCACCUUCACUGACUACAUCCAGCCGGUCUGCCUGGCAGCAGUGGGCAGCACCUACUACACUGACACUACUAGCUGGGUCACCGGAUGGGGCGAUAUCAAUAGUGGUGUGCCCCUUCCCUCACCCGGGACCCUACAGGAGGUGACUGUGCCGGUAGUGGGGAACAGGAAGUGUAACUGUCUCUAUACUGGAUUUAGUUCAAUCACAAACAACAUGAUCUGUGCUGGUCUACUGAGUGGAGGAAAGGAUUCCUGUCAGGGAGACUCCGGGGGGCCAAUUGUGAGCAAACAGGGUCUGGUCUGGAUCCAGUCUGGGGUUGUUAGUUUCGGAAAAGGCUGUGCCGAAGCAAAUUUCCCAGGAGUGUACACCAGAGUGUCCCAGUACCAGACCUGGAUCAACAGCCAGAUCAGCACUGACAUGCCAGGCUUUGUCACCUUCUCCUCCAGUGGGACUGACUCUGAUCUCAAUGUCACCUGUAAUGCACUGUCCAGUGGGGCCACACUCUUCUCCUUUUCUCAUCUUUCUCUAUCUCUUCCAAUAGAGGACACACUACAAGAGAAGAGGACCAAAGUGCAGCAUGGUGGCCAUUCACAGGCAAAUGUGUGUGGCAUUGCUUCUCUCAACACAAAGAUUGUCGGGGGUCAGGCUGCAGUUGCAGGUAGCUGGCCAUGGCAGGCCAGUCUGCACCGCUCCAACCGCCAUUUUUGUGGAGGCUCCCUUAUCAACAAAGAGUGGGUGCUGACUGCCGCUCACUGCUUCCCCAGCACCAGCACAUCCGGCCUGCUUGUCUACCUGGGCCGGCAGAAUCAGCAAAGCAUAAACUCCAACGAGGUAUCCCAAACGGUCUCUCAGAUCACCCGCCACCUGAACUACAACAGUGCAACCAGCGACAAUGACAUAUGUUUGCUGAAGCUCUCAUCACCUGUCACCUUCACUGACUACAUCCAGCCGGUCUGCCUGGCAGCAGUGGGCAGCACCUACUACACUGACACUACUAGCUGGGUCACCGGAUGGGGCGAUAUCAAUAGUGGUGUGCCCCUUCCCUCACCCGGGACCCUACAGGAGGUGACUGUGCCGGUAGUGGGGAACAGGAAGUGUAACUGUCUCUAUACUGGAUUUAGUUCAAUCACAAACAACAUGAUCUGUGCUGGUCUACUGAGUGGAGGAAAGGAUUCUUGUCAGGGAGACUCCGGGGGGCCAAUUGUGAGCAAACAGGGUCUGGUCUGGAUCCAGUCUGGGGUUGUUAGUUUUGGAAAAGGCUGUGCCGAAGCAAAUUUCCCAGGAGUGUACACCAGAGUGUCCCAGUACCAGACCUGGAUCAACAGCCAGAUCAGCACUGACAUGCCAGGCUUUGUCACCUUCUCCUCCAGUGGGACUGACUCUGAUCUCAAUGUCACCUGUAAUGCACUGUCCAGUGGGGCCACACUCUUCUCCCUCUCUCCUUUUCUCGUCUUUCUCUAUCUCUUCCAAUAG